AUGAUCAGCACGUGCCCAAGCCACCAGGCAGAACUCAAGGCAACAAGAAAGAAAACUAGAAAAGGAGAAGACACCUUCAAGCCUCAAACAGUCAUUGAUUACAAUAAUGCUAAGAAAGGCGUCGACAUUUCAGACCAAAUGUCCAGCUAUUAUACCUGUAUCAGAAUAAAGUAUCAAGUGUUUCGUGAAAAAGUUGCAAGGGGCUUGUUGGAGGAAGAAGACAUUGAAGAAAAUAUAGAACCUGAAGAUAUUGCCGCUAACGUGCCCGAACAAAGAGACCUCGAGCUAGUAGCAGAAUCGCUCAUCAUAAGAUGCAAAAAUAUGAUGGCACGGUAA